GUCAGACACUGGAAAGGCAAGAUGGCAGGAACCAGUUUAGGGGCUCGCUUCUAUCGGCAGAUCAAAAGACAUCCAGGGCUUAUCCCGAUGAUCGGCUUCAUUGGCCUGGGCAUGGGCAGUGCUGCACUCUACUUGCUGCGACUGGCUCUGCGCAGUCCAGAUGUCUGCUGGGACCGAAAGAACAACCCAGAGCCCUGGAACCGCUUGAGUCCCAAUGACCAAUACAAGUUCCUUGCAGUUUCCACUGACUACAAGAAGCUGAAGAAGGACCGGCCAGACUUCUAAGCCAGGCUGGGCUGUUCCAUGUAAACCACCAAGUCGUUUCUUAUUGCAUUCUCUGCCCAGACCCCACAGCAUCAAUCCAGCCACCCUUCCCAGCCAGCUUCUGCUUACAUAGGCCAGAUUCCCACGCAGAGGGGGGGCAGCUCCACCCCCACCCUUCUCCCGGGCUCUCAGCGGAAGCACCUCUGACCUGUGGCUCCAGUCCCAUGUGGGGGAAGGGAAGGGUGGUCAAGAAGACAGACAGCAGCUGGGGUAGACCCAAAAGGCUCAAGCCAGCCCUUCUGCCUUCUUACCAGAACCUUGCAGGGUGUGGCACAGGGAUACGUGUUGAGCGUGACCAACGUGUGCCAACAGCAAGCGGGCCUCAGAGUGCCAAGAGACGUGGCAGGCCUCACGUUAACUCAAGCUCUGGAAACCGCCUAGGGGCGGUGCUGCCCAGGCUCGACUGGGCUCAUCCUGACAGCCCAGUCUGUCCAGGAUGGGGCACCUCUGCCAGGCACCCUCCCCUGUCCAAGCCUGCUACUGCCUGCCAGUGACACCUCCCGCCUCGCACCCGGGCCUCCCCCCAUGCUACUCCCUACCCCUCCCCUCCCAUGCUCCCCAUAUGUCCCUGGGGAUCAAACAGAAGCAGC